GCCAACUUCCUACCAAUUGUUACAACAUACCACCACCACCUUGAAUACCAUGAACACCACCCCCACCGUCGAAUCUCCAGCCACAUCGAACAAACAGCAUCAGCUCGAAGAAUGGGGGGCUCAUUGCUCACUGCCAAGCUGUAACUUGCUCGACUUUUUACCGCUAAAGUGUCCAGAAUGCCAUAAAACGUUUUGCUCAAGCCAUUAUAAACCUUCGCUCGUCAGCUCAGAUUUGGACCAUCUCUGUGAACCACUGGUCUUGAAAACGAAGGAGAAAGAAAAUUUACCCAAGCCGACUAGGAUACCCAACUCACUGGGAGCAAACCAGACGAAGAAAUGUUCAUACAUCAAAUGCAAGACGCUGAUGUUAGCACCCAUCAGUUGUCCCCAUUGUCAGCUCACAUACUGUCCCAGUCAUCGUCUCGAACAGGACCAUUUAUGUCAAUCCUUCACUUCUUCUUCUUCUUCAUCAUCGGGCAAUGGGACGAAGAAUCCUGGAAAGAAUUCGAAUUACGCGGAUCUCCUCAAGAAUUAUUUGAGCAAUCCAGUCGACUCCCAAUCCCUCAAAUCGUCUAACCCCCACCAUCAUCCUCCGUCCACUUCAUCGUCUGCUUCAAAAACCUCGUCCCUCGAUCCUCAUCAUUCGUCAACCGAUCCUAACAAUCCUUUCUCACUCAAACAACAUCUCUCCAAGAUUAAAUCUAGUCAACGCUCGAAGGCUGAACUCCAAUCCCAACAGAAAGCGCUCGAGUUUCGGAUCAAGAACCAAUUGUUGACUGAGAAAGACAAACAAGAGAUCCACAGGUUGAAUGAAGAAAAGCGGCAGAAACAGACCCUCAAAGCCUCUUCCGGACCCAACCCGAAAGCCCCUCCUUCAUCAACGUCAUCUUCGAACGACUGUUGUAUCGUCUAGAGUAGAACCCUCCCCCCUGAUGUAUCCUCCUUCCUUAAUAUUGUUGUCCACCCCUCUCCUUUUCUGGCUGUUUGUCCUUCGUCUUUCCAUCUGGCCGAUAAUACCACCCUUAUCCUCGUUCUUCAAUUAAUAUUGUAACUCUUUUCUUUUGAUCUGUUUGUCAUCUAUCCUUGUGUGCUUUGGAUGCAUGUAGAUUUGUAUCGUUAUCCACAUUGUACUACAUUUAGCUUAUCUUCGGAAGAAUACCUUUAUCAUCUUAAAUCGAUUCGGAAAUAUGUAGAUAUAUGUAGACCCGAGAUCUCUUGGAUACAUACUUUCGGAACCUCUUGUAUACAUAAAUAAUAAUCAUCCACUUCUUUAUUCGCGAACUCUUGGACACGUACAUACAUCGAUUUGAAGCCCUCGGAU